UUGCAAAAUCUCUCUCCGCCUUUGCUUCAACACUAUGUCAAUGAGUUGGAAAUAGAGACAGGUCGUGUGUCAGAGCAGUUGAUUAACUGUCUAGCAGAGCGCGAGGAACUGCGUCUCUUCCGUGAAACUCUUGAUAGAUUCGUGGUCCUACAUAAUGCCCUUCAGCAUCGAAGGCGGAAAGCCGCUGAAGCUGUUCUCGCAAAUGCUACGAGAUCAACGUUAACUCAUCUCAAACCGCAGCUGAGUCACUCGGUUCUUUAUCGCCGAAUGCCGCGUGCCACUUCACCAUGCAGUUUAGUUGAACUCAAUGAUUUCUCAGUACGUGGUGACGCCGAUGACAGUUUAGGAGGGAGUACAGUCUCGUUAAAUCUAUGUCCUCCGGAGGUCAUCGAGCGCAUGCCCAAAGGAGCUCACAUUGGUGACCCUAUAGACUUUCCCUCGUUGAGGUCAGCAUUCAGUAAACUCUCUGGCUUGAUUGGUGGUCAUAGCACAGUUCAAGAGAAAAGGAACGAAGAAACAGUUAAGCUGGCCUCACGAGUUGUAGCCGAUGAUGCGAACACGAGGCAAUUGGGUGAUUCCAAGGCGGCUAAGAGAUUAGUCGAAAGUGCGAAGAGGAGUGGGAGCAAACUGCCGCCGAUUGACCUGCCCUGGCCAAUGGGUAGACCCGAAUACAGUCAGUCUUUGAAAUUGCAAAUUCCCAUUCCCUUCUCUAAAUUAUCCAAUUGGCUUCCCCCACGGCUGCCAGUCAUUAAUGAAAUUUUACUGGCCGUUCUACAAGAAUCUCCAGACUUGGAAAGGCUCCAACGUGAUCUUAUUCAGUUCGAUCCUUUAUUGGAAGCCCAAAGAUUACAACUAACAUCCAAGCACCUCUCAAAAAGUGGGUUUGAAUCAGCCCAUGUGGAUUCCAUGCAGAUUCUCUACUCAUCUAAUGACAAUAUCAGCGCCGGUGAUGCAGCAGCCCGAAAAACCGUCAGUUUUGAUUGGCGUGGAACCAAGGAACCCUUCAAAGAUCUUGCUGCUAAACGAAAUGGUAUUGUGAAGAAUAGCCAAGCCACUCAAGUCAUUAAAGCUAGGAACUACGACAGGGUGGCAAAGCUUUUUCAAAAAUGUCUUGUUAAAGUUUUAAAUAUUGAUCUGUGGAAGCUUUACCUUCAAUAUGUAAAGGACUCAAAAUGCAAGCUUCCAAAUUUUAGAGAAAAGAUGGCACAAGCUUAUGAUUUCACUUUGGAUAAAAUGGGUCUUGAUUUGAGCUCAUAUUCCAUAUGGGCUGAUUAUAUUACAUACCUGAAGUCAACUCAAGUGCAAGGUACAUAUGCAGAAAGCCAAAAGAUAACCGCUACCCGUAAAGUUUAUCAGCGGGCGAUUGUUACUCCAAUGCUGGGUAUUGAAACAAUCUGGCGGGACUACUGCAUGUACGAGGAUUCCAUCAACCCUCACAUUGCCAAAAAACUGACGGAGGAGCGUGGUCGUGAUUACAUGACAGCUCGAAAUGUCACCAAGGAGUAUGAAAUUAUGACCAAGGGUCUUUCUAAAAAUAUUCCCUCUGUUCCUCCCCAAAAUACUCCCCAUGAAGUUAAACAGGUCGAACUAUGGAAGAGGUAUAUCCAGUGGGAGAAGGAUAACCCUCUCAAAACUGAAGAUAUAUCAGUUCUUACGAAAAGAGUACUGUUUGCCUAUGAGCAAUGUCUUCUCUGUUUGGGACAUCAUCCGGACAUCUGGUAUGAAGCUGCUAGCUACCUUGAACAAGCCAGUAAGCUUCUUACCAGUAAAGGAGAACAGACAAUGGCCUUAGUUUUUGCAGACGAUGCCGCAGCAAUGUAUGAAAGAGCAUUAAAUCUCUUGAAGAACAACAUGAUGCUGUAUUUUGCUUAUGCUGACUAUGAGGAGGGUCGAUGUAAAUAUGUCAAGGUUCAUAGUAUCUACAAGAAACUUAUUUCGCUUGAAGGUGUCGAUCCUACUCUGCCCUAUAUUCAAUACAUGCGCUUCGCUCGUCGUUGCGAAGGUGUUCUCUCAGCUCGUCUAGUAUUCAAGAGCGCCCGAGCAGAUCCCCGUGUUGGUUAUCAGGCUUAUGUCUGUGCCGCUAUGAUGGAAUACUUCUGCAGCAAGGAUAUGAAUAUUGGUCACAAGAUAUUCGAAUUGGGCAUGAAACACUUCUCGAGCAACGCAGACUUUGUGCUCUGUUACGUGGAUUUUAUGUCACAUCUCAACGAAGAUAACAACACUAGAGUCCUCUACGAACGGGCCUUGGGAUCAGAUCAAAUAGCUCCCGAACGAACUCGCUCAAUUUGGUCGAGGUUCUUGCAAUUCGAACUCCAGGUAGGUGAUCUAGGCAGCGUUCAGAAGAUUGAGAAACGGAGGCUCAAGUCAAUUGAAACUGUAAAAGAAUUCCAGGGUCGUGAGACAGCGCUUCUAAUCGAUCGCUAUCGAUUUCUGGAUCUCUAUCCCUGCUCGGAGUCGGAAUUGCGUUCUUUGGGUUAUCGUGACUUAGCCAAACUCAACGUUACAGGUUCUGGCGGGGGUUUUCUACUCUCGGUUGGCCCUGGUGGUGGAUAUGUAGACGAUACAGCAGCUGGUGUCGGCGGUGGUGGUGGUAUAGGUGGCCCCUCUCUGCCUGAUUCCACUGAUCCCCUCUCAACUAACACAGCAGCUGCAGGACUCAACGGUACCAAGGCAGGUACUCAACAGCCCACAUUCCCUCGUCCCGACUUCUCUCAAAUGUUGCCCUUCAAACCUAAGGCUUUUCCUCGUACAAACAGCCAUCCUGUGGAGGGUGGGGAGUUUCCGCCUCCGCCUGCAGCGUCUGAUCUACUUAGAAGACUUCCUCCCCCCGAAUGCUUCCGUGGACCAUUUGUACAAAUGGAUAAGUUCCUUGAACACUUUUUGGAGUUGGAGAUUCCUGCUGAUUACAUUGCCCAAGUCAUGGCCGAAUCAGAAGAGACCGGGUUGACCCAUAUCGACCCGGGGACAGCACUCUCCAUCGAACUCUCCAACACCCUGCCCCAACAAAUCCUUAUGGCUGCACGGAAACGUAAACAACAGCAAAGUCGAGAUGAUGCCGGUGGUAGUCUGUUGAAACUGCGUCGUGCUACUACUCACCCCUCUACUAGUGGAGUCACUACUACAACAAAUGUCUUCGGAGAUUCAGAAGACGAAGGCGGAUCAAAUGAUGGGCAGGACGAUGAUAAUGAAGAUAGCUUUUUUAAUGAAGAGACCGACGCUGAUGUAACGGCCGGUGGAGUAUUGGAUCUGUUCAAGUUUAGAGUGUCGAAAAAGCAGGCAUCGAAUUAA